CUAAGAUCUUAGGAGAGGCCCCAAGAGAGGCUGGGAAGUCUGGGGCCUCCCCUCACUUAGUGAAGGAGCCCAGAAAGGGGCUCCGGGCAGUGGUGGGAUGGGAUGAGGAGAAGCUAGAACGCUAAGACUACGUCCCGACCCAGCUCAGACGGAGCUCGGGAUGAAGGAUGACUCCCUCAGUCGGGACCACUGAGAACAGUGUGCUGCCGCCGGGCUCUCCUAGCCCCCUCCCUCCUACCAACCCUGCCUGCCACUUUUGUCCAAGUGGGGAGGAGCAAGCAAGGGAGGGGUUGGACCGGGCAGGGCCCAGUGGCAGCUUCCUGUUUGCCCUCACGGGGUCAGCCCCUCCCUAAGUGGCCAGGCGGACUCCGGGGCUCCCCCAGUUUCGGUGAGACUGCCAGGGCUUUGGUUUCACUCGGGGACGGGCGGAGCUCUGCCUCUUAGAAAGGAGGAGAGGCAUGGGCGGCCAGAGGCAAAGUAGGAGGGAUAGCUCGAGGAGAAGACGGCAAGGCGCGGAGCAGAGCAGCCCUGAGCCGGACAGCCCAAACUUGGACGCUCUGACGGCCCAGGGCGCGCCGACCCCUUUAGCAGAGCAGCUGUCUGCUAGGGGAGAGCCGAGUGAGAGGGAAAGCUCCUGAGGCGGCGCCCCUCCCCCCCCACCUCGGGGAAAUCUGUAUUCCUGAUUACCCAAGAGCUGACUUCUUCCCUUGGGCGGGCGGCCAGCGGGCUCGCUCAGCCCACCCACAGCUGGGAUGAGGACGCCCGCAGCCAUGACUGUGGGCUUGGUGCUGGCCCCCUGUGGCUUGCUCUUGUGCCUGGUCAGCACGCUGACUCCCGGCUGGCGGCAGGCAACAGGUUUCCUGGAUAGGCCUGUGAACUUUCUGCUGACCCAGGGGCUGUGGGACAUUUGUUCGGAGCAGAGCAGCCAAGACAGCCAGUGUGGGCUGCCGGACGAGCUGGGCUACUAUGAGGCUGCACCCGUGCGCGCGGCCCGAGCACUGACAGUCACCGGGCUGGCCACCACGGCCGUGGGGCUGCUGCUGGCCACGCUGGGGGUGCGCUGCUGGCGCACGAAGCCUUGCGCCUGGCUAGCAGGGGUCUCGGGCCUGGUGCUCUUUGCCGCGGGCCUCCUGGAACUCAUCCCCGUGUCUUGGUACACCCAUGUCCUGCAAAACCGCACUGUGCUGCCCGCACAGGCCAGCCCGGUUCAGCUACGGGUUGGCUACAGUGUCGUGCUUGGCUUCCUGGGCAGUUGCCUGCUGCUGAUGGGGGGCUUCUCCCUGGCGCUCAGCUUAGCCCAAGUCUGUGUAGAGUGCUGUGCUGGGCGCCCUAAGGCGUAUCCUAAUCCUCGACGCAGCAGUCUUAACUCGGUGCGAAUUCAAUGGCCCGAAGCUCCCUCCAUUUCGGGGAUUUUGUCCCAGCAAAGCCAGAGCCGGCUUCAGCCUCAGAAUGGCCCCAAGCCCCGGGUGGGCUUCAGGAUGCCCCGGCCUGCAGCCUACACGAAUCCAGAGGAUGUACUGAAGGGGGAGCAAAGCAGCAGACGGCACCUGAGCUCCAGCACCACGUUGCCCUGUGACUCAGACUUGUAGCCUCCCUUGGCUUGGAUUCCUGGUCCUAGCUCUGCUCCAUCAGUGCCCUCUCCCCACUCUGAGAGAAGGCCUCCGACAGACUGUGCCCAGUCUCUUCUGACUGGUUCCCCGCAGGCUCCCUCUGCUUUGGAAAGUUCCAUUUGCGGGGCUGACUGCCUAAGCUUGUCGACGAAUGUUAAGGCUAGAAGGGACCUUAGAAGGAAAUUAAGCCAUGUCCUGGAAGCGAGUAGGUGGAACGAUGGAUGGAUGCUGUACUGGGAGUCAGGAAAACCCAAGUCAAAAUCGGACCACUGACACUUCCUACUUGUGUGACUCUGGUCAAGUCACUCAACAGUCCUCAUUUGUGUAGUGGGGAUAAUAAUCGCACCUACCUUCCAGGGUUAUUGUGAGGAUCAAAGAAGAGAGUAUUGAAGGCGCUUUCCAAAGCAUAAAAGCUAGCUGUGAUAAGCAUCACUUCUUCAUUUUAACAGCUAAGAGGCAGAUCAGGACUAGAAGCUAGGUCUCUGACUGAUCUGCCUAUAUAGGGCCAGUGUCACUCAAGGGUUCUCUUAAAAUUUUUAAAGCAUCAAUGGCUCAGGGGCUAUAUAUUAAACACCUUGACAUCA